AUGGUGUUACCCCGAGACAACCAGCAAGAAGAGCUCAGUGCACAACUCGAACAGUUUCGCCUCGACAACGAGCGACUCACUCGGGAACUGGCUCAGCAGCAGGAGCAACAACUGCAACAACAGCGACAGCAGAACAAUGAUGGCCUUGCAGCAGGCGGCGCACCCGCCCCAGUUAACCCCAUCCCUGCACCGGCAGUUCAUCGUGUUGCUGUCAAGCUGCCGCCCUUUUGGUCGGACCGGCCUAUCAUGUGGUUCGCGCAGGCGGAUUCGCAAUUCAUUAUCUCCAACAUCACAAACGAAGUAACAAAAUUCCAUUACGUCGUUUCACAAUUGGAUACUCGUAUAGCUGUCGAAGUUGAGGAUGUCAUCGUCAAUCCGCCCGCCGAUAAUCCGUAUACUUUUUUGCGCACCAAACUGAUUGAGCGUUUGUCUGCCUCAGAGGAACAACGCGUGAGGCGCCUGAUUAGUGAGGAGGAACUAGGUGAUCGCAAACCCUCGCAGUUCCUUCGCCACCUUCGCACGCUUAUUGGCACGACAGUCAUCCCGGAUAACCUUUUGCGUCAGUUUUGGCUCCAGCGUCUUCCGUCUCACGUUCAAGCCAUCAUCACUGCGCAAAUGACGGCUCAACCGACCUUGACCCUCGAUAAUCAGUCCGAAAUCGCUGACAAAAUCAUCGAGGUGUCUCCAGCAACGCCUUUAUCCAUCCGAGCCACCUCUGUUUCAACGUCCACCGAACAAGAAGUAUCAAACAACGCGUUGAUUCGUGCCAUCGAAUCGUUGUCAAAGGAAGUCGCAGAGCUUCGUAGAAAUCGAAGCAACAGCCGAGGACGUCAACGCAGCCAAUAUAAGCAAGAUUUCAGUCCUGAUUCAUCUCGUCUGUGUUGGUACCAUCGCAAAUUCCAGGAAAAAGCUACGAAGUGCACCAAGCCGUGUGCUUACAAACCGGGAAACGACUACGGCAGUUCGUAA